AGACCAAUUCAUCCUUCAUGAGACACAUGAAAAAGACAAGCUCGAACUGAAGACCGUGAAGCUCUCGAUGGGUAACCAUCACGGCGAUCCCAACAUGACCCGUGAACACACGGUCAGUAACUGGACCGCCGUGAGGAGGGACUCGGGGUUCGCGGGUCCGGUGCUCGCGCUGCUCACGGUCAUGAUGGUCAUAUUGAUUACUGUGAUUGUAUGUGGCAACGCACUGGUCAUCGUCGCCUUCAAGAUGGACAAGAGUUUGCGCAAACAGAGCAAUUAUUUCCUACUGAACCUGGCAAUCUCAGACUUCCUCGUUGGUGCCUUCUGCAUACCCGUGUAUAUGCCCUACAUCUUGACGGGGAAAUGGAUGCUGGGUAAAGGACUUUGCAAGCUGUGGCUUGUCGUAGACUACCUUCUCUGCACUGCUUCGGUCUUCAACAUCGUACUUAUCAGCUACGACCGCUAUCUCUCCGUUACAAAAGCGGUGUCUUAUCGUGCCAAGCAAGGAAUGACCCACUUCGCUGUGGUGAAGAUAGCAGCGGUUUGGAUUCUGGCCUUCCUCCUGUACGGACCGGCCAUCUUAUUCUGGGAGCCGCUGACCGGCAGGAGUCGCGUGCCGGACAACGAGUGCUUCGCCGAGUUCUACUACACCUGGUACUUUCUGCUUUCUGCUUCCGUGGUUGAGUUCUUCUCGCCUUUCUUAUCCGUGGCUUUCUUCAACAUCAGCAUCUACCUCAGCAUCCGCCGGAGGAGACUCGGCAGUAAAAGAGAAUCCCGUUCUCCAAAGCGCCAGGACGCCUCGGCUCUGUACGGGAAGAGGACAGGCGUGAGCGUGCGGAUCUACUGGAACUCACUGACACUCAAAAAGACCGAAGACAGCGAGAAGAAGCGCUCCGAGAGCGACGGUCUGUCCAUGCGUUGCGUUCAGCGCUCGCGUCUGAGGCAGGACAAGAAGAUCGCGAAGUCCUUGGCGAUAAUCGUGUGUGUUUUCGCAGUGUGCUGGGCGCCGUACACUCUGCUGAUGAUCGUGCGGGCGGCGUGCAGAGGAGACUGUGUGUCGCAUCACUGGUACGAGGUGACGUUCUGGCUGCUGUGGCUAAACUCGGCGAUCAACCCGUUCCUCUACCCGCUGUGCCACAGCAGCUUCCGUAGGGCCUUCGUCAAGAUCCUGUGCCCUCGGCAGAGGACCACCAUACCCCUGACGGACCGUCCCUCCAGCACACACAGAUAGUGUCAGCGCACAUGUACUGGAAACACUGUUUAAAAAAAGAGGAUUCAAGUGUCUAUACAUUUAAAGGAAUGUUCCUGGUUCAAAACAA